AUGCUUAUGGAUACCAAAUAUUCUUUACUCUUAUUACGCUGCUGCUGUUUCAGACUUUAUAUACCGCCCAAUGACAUGGUAUCUGAACAUAAAGUUCAAUCCAAAGACGGACCUCCAGUGAUUGCUUUACGACUGGUACCCAAAGUUUUAUACGCUGUUACUCAUAUUUGGGCUCCAAAUGCAUACAUAAUUUCAUUCAAAUUAGAGACUGAUAGUGGGAUUUUAGAACAGAAAGCCAAAGGGGCUCUUAGUAAAUACAAGCAUCAACUUGUUAUUGGGAACUUACUACACACAAGGAAACAUAAUGUCAAGUUAAUAGCUCAAGAUGGUGUAAUUGAAGAUAUUUUAUUGACUGAGACGAUAUCAAAAAGGAAUCGAGAUUGA